GACGAUGAACUCACCAUGGAAGUGGAGUACGAGGUGCCAGGGGGCAGUGAAGGGAUCGACUCAAAUGCUGCCGAUCCCAUGGCAGUCCUAACGGAGUCGGGUGCGGAAGACGGUGACUGCCGAAAGCACGGAUGCAGACACGAGGGAAUCUGCAGGCCAAAUCGCGACGGACAGUACUCCUGUCUCUGCCACAUUGGGUACAGUGGACUCGACUGUCAAAAUCUCAUGGGUAUGACACUGGACAGCUUCAUCGGCUGUCUCGACGAGAUAUACCUCAAUGGGAAGCUGCUUGACCCACGAAGAGAAAAGUUUGUCGGGGAUGCCGUCGAUGGAUACGGAGUUCAGCUUACUCCAAAGAUUCCCGAAUUUUAUGGAAAUUCACAUCUUGCCUUCUGGGGCAUCAAGGCCACCUCAAUGACUGAUACACUCUUUCAAAUUGUGUUUCUACCUCGCGGUUCAACCGGCCUACUGGCCUACUCCGGCUAUUCCUUCGACCGUAGAGGGGACUUUUUCAUGGUAGCCCUCGUUGAUGGCAAGGUGCUUGUCUCUUUCGACUUGGGAACUGGUCCGGCUUUUCUACGGUAG